AUGGAACUUGGCAACACGCCUCUCCCCAAUGCUCCAGCUGGCGGCAUUGCUGGGUCCUCAACUGGACCCACUUAUGGCUGCCUUCCUCCAAAUGCCCAUGCAGGUGGUGCCACAGCCGUGGCACCACCUACCUCCCCCCAAUUUUGUCACACUCCCCCUGCUCCUGGAGGCAGUGGUGGUAGCCCUUCGCAAUGGAACUAUGUGCCACCACCCCCAAGCGCUCACACCAAUAGUUCUGCCAGGUCCCCUGUUUUUCGUUUCCCACCGCUUCCCUCUGGUGCUACAUCUCACGAUGGUUCUUACUCUCCCGUCACUCAUUCCCCCACUGAUAAUUAUAAUUUCAAUGGUAUUUACGAUGACAACCCUCUUGCGGGUGAGAUGGGGGAUCUUAAUAUGGAUUCCCCGGAUGAAAUUACACACGACGACAGCAACACUAUCAGCCUGAACAGCCCGCCAAGAUGCAGGGCUGGGAAGAAGCACCAGGAGCCCCCUUCCCCCCCCUCCCCUACUACUACCUCUCAUACGCAACAGAUGCCCCCCGCACUUCCAUCCAGCAUGAUCGCGCUACAUUCAAGGUCGCGCUCGUCAUCACACUCUCGAAAGCCAUCAUCAUCUCACGAGCCGUCAUCUCAACAGUCCUCCCCGACAGCGCAAACAUCUGUCUCGACAACGCCAGCAAGUUCAGUCUCCAAACACCUCCGGACGGAGAUUUGCGAGCAGAUGGAUGUGCUCAAUGACAACCUGGAAAGUAUUCAUUCUGACAAGCUAACCUUAUAUCAGCUGAAGAACAAGCGCCUUAUGGUGAAGCUCAACACUAGUCGCCAGGACAAGGAGCAUCGUAUGAUGCGUGAGGAGCAUAUGGAUGAGCGCACAGAUGCUGCCAUAGUCCAUCAGCGCAUGAAGGAGGCUAAAGAGGUAGAUAUUCGCCUACGUGAAGCGGAUGCCACCGCUUUUGCCAUGGAAGCAGAUGUUCUACGCCUCCGGAUUCAGUGGGCCCAGCUCAAUGCCCAGGGUGGCAAACCUGCUGGUACCUGA